UGUCCCCUGCUGCUCUCUCAACCACGGGUCACCAUGGCUACUCUCAAGUUGCCGGCCGUGCCUGGGGAGGAGAGCACCAUCCUUAUGAACAAGGAAGAGCUGGAGGCCUUGCGCACAGCCUUCGAGUCUGGCGACAUUCCCCAAGCCACCUCUCGCCUUCGAGAGCUGCUGGCCUCCUUGGACAACAUCCGGCUGGAGGUGGGCGUCAUAGGCGAGUUGGGGGCCGGCAAGUCGUCCCUCAUCAAUGCCCUGCGUGGCCUGGGGGCCGAGGACCCUGGCGCGGCCCUCACGGGUGUCGUGGAGACCAUGAUGCAGCCCUCUCCCUACCCACACCCGCAGCUUUCCGAUGUGAUGCUGUGGGACCUCCCAGGGGCUGGCUCUCCGGGCUGCCCAGCCAACAAGUACCUGAAGCAGGUGGACUUUAGCUGCUACGACUUCUUCCUGCUGGUGUCGCCCCGCUGCUGCGGGGCCGUGGAGACCCGCCUGGCCUCUGAGAUCCUGCGCCAGGGCAAGAAGUUCUACUUCGUGCGCACCAAGGUGGACGAGGAACUGGUGGCCACAUGCAGCCAGCGGCCCUCGGGCUUCAGCAAGGCCACUGUCCUCCAGGAGAUCUGAGACCACUGUGCGGAGCGGCUUCGGGCAGUCGGCGUGCCCGACCCCCGCCUCUUCCUCGUGUCCAACCUCUAGCCAUCCUGCGAUGACUUCCCAAUGCUCGUGUCCACCUGGGAGCAUGACCUGCCUGCCCACCGGUGCCACGCUGGCCAGCUGUCGCUGCCCGAUAUCUCGCUGGAGGCCCUACAGCAGAAGAAGGCCAUGCUCCGGGAGCAAGUGCUCAGGACGGCCCUGGUGUCGGGCAUCAUCCAGGCCCUGCCUGUGCCAGGGCUGGCAGCCGCCUACGACGAUGCCCUGCUCAUCCGCUCACUGCGCGCCUACCACCGCAGCUUCGGCCUGGAUGACGACUCGCUGGCCAAGCUGGCCGAACAGGUGGGCAAGCAGCCGGGCGACCUGCUCUCCGUCACCCGCUCCCUGCUAGCCAACGAGGUCUCGCCGGAGACCGUCCUGCGGCUCUACUCACCGUCGGCCGAUGGCGCCAUGAAGGUGGCCCGUGCCUUUGAGAGGGGCAUCCCUACGUUCGGCACACUGGUGGCUGGUGGCAUCAGCUUCGGCACCGUCUACACCAUGCUCCAGGGCUGCCUCAAUGAGUUGGCUGAGGAUGCCCAUCGGGUCCGUAUCAAGGCCCUGGAGGAGGACGAGCUCCAGCGGGACAUCAGCCUGGAGGCGGCUGCUGACAGUGGCAUGGAAAAGCGGGGAUCUGGGGAGGGAGGCAGCGAGGAAGCCCUACUCACGACCCGCCGGAAGGUUGGCCUUCUCCUCAAGUACAUUCUCAAGAGCUGGAAGAAAUGCGACUUAUCAGAAGAAAAAUAAAAGUGCAGGCUGUCCCCACCUCGCCCACAAGCCAAGCCUUACUAAAAUGCCAAGCCAACCAGGCAACCAAACAAGGCUGAUGUUGUACCAAUGAGAGCCACAGUUGCUGAAGUGGGGAGGGGCCGUGGAGGGGCAGGCGCUGACCCUGGGUUUGGGGGAGCAGCAGAGGUUGAAGUGUGGAUGGUGGCCUUGGCGGGGUCUCUCCCCACCAGUGUCCUUAAAUCCACUUCUGCAGAGGCAGCCAGUGGGUGCCCGGGGUUGGCACAAGGGUCCCUAGCAACUGCUGCCUGGAAAUGACGGUGGGUGGGGUGGUGGGAAGGGAGGGACGGACAUCGAGGGGUCCCCUCCAUGUGGACUGGGGGGGAGACAGAUGAGUGCCAGGUGAGGGAGAGCUGACAGCAUCCGUGAUCAGGGAAGGAGCGCAGAGGUGGGGGCAGCUUGGAGUCUCCUUCAGAAAGAUGACAUCGGGUGCCUGUGAUGGGGAGGAAUCUUGAGCCAAGUCUGGCGCUCCCUGUGCCUGUUUGGCUGUACGGGUAUGGGUGUGAAGAGCGAGGGUCUGAGAGUGUGGACCACUCUGUGUGCGUGUGUGUGUGUGUGUGUGUGUGUGUGUGUGACUGACAGGGUUUGUGCCACACGAGAGGUAAGGGUAGCUGUCAGGCCCAAGUGUCCCAGUGAGACCAAACUCCUAAGUCCCUGGCCCUGUGCCUGGCAGAUGUGCUUGCGC